AUGCCGCGCGAACCCAAACCACGUGAGCGCCCUUCCCCUCAUAAAAAGGCAGAAGAGCCUAAGAAGAAAAAGAAGUUUGCAGAGACGCAGGGUUUAGGCCAUAUUCUCGCGCUCUCUGAGCAAGCUGUUCAGAAAAAAAAUGCUCAUUUCCAAAAGCUUUUGGACAAGGAGCAUGCUUCACGCGCCUCUGCCGCUGCAGCUAGAAAAGAGCGGACGCUAAAGAAGGAAGCGGCGAAAAAUGACAGUGAUCUUCCUACACGCCAAAGUAUGAUGGCAUUACUGCGCGAGCGUCGUCGCGAGCGUUCGCGAGAGCGUAAGAAAAAACGCAAGCAACUUCCCGACGAUGCUGAGGAGGAUGCUGUUCCGCAUGCACCCACAGCGCCUCGCUCUUCUAAGGCACAAGGAUCGAUCCUCAAGAAGGAUACAGCAAAAGCACCGACCAAGAAGCGUGUGUCGUUCGGCUAA